AUGCUCUCCUCCGCUCCUCGCUUCUCCCCGUCCCCCUUUACCGCUCCCACGGCGGCCUCGAUAUCCUCACAACAUUUCCAUUCGACUGUCUAUUUACAGCGGAGGUGGAGCCCUGAGGAUUGGUAUCUUCGUCUGAAAGUGGAUAUUCAGAGAGAGUUUUUGUGGGUUAUGGCGCUCUCUGUCAUCUUGACUCGGUUCGACACGUGCCGGUACAACGUUCUCCUUCGGCCGACCUUCGUUGGUCCUUUCCCCCUUAUCGCCGUACAGUACGCAUUCACCCGCGAUCGACAACUAAAGCCGAGCAUCGUCAUCCGGAACGCCGGCAGCCAGCCAGCCGUCAUGGUGCUUCGCUUCAGGUUAGCCACGAUCGAAAACCGGAUCCUCGAAGAAAUUCGAACUGGCCGGGAACAAACGUGGUAG